AUGGUAACUUAUGAUGCGGAACCUUCCUCGGUCGAUGCUUGGAAAGGGUAUAUUGAACCUAAUGAAUAUCCUACGACGCGUUGGAACUUGUUCGGUCGAUGGGUAUCCUACGAUGCGGAGCCUCCUUCGGUCAAUGCUUGGAAAGAGUUUCUAUAUGCUGCUUACAUAACGUCGAUGGAUACCCUACAACGCGGAACCUCCUCCGGAAAGGGGAGUGUUAGGCGCCUGCUAGGAUCAGCUUAA